AUGGCUAAUAAAGGGAAAAUAUUACAGCAUUUCCUGGGAUUUGUUGUCAUCCUAAUCAUUCAUAUGGACACGGUGAACUUACAAGGACUUCCUGAAAUUUCAGACAUGAAUUUUAGUUAUACAGAUGGACAAAUGAAUCACUUAAGAGAAAAACGAAAUGUGAACAACCAAAUACUAGAAUACAUUGUGAUCAUAGAGGUGAAUGUAUCAGGAAUUAUUUUGCUUGACCAAAUCAAAUUAUCCCUCGAGUCCAUCAGUCCUUUACAAAUAGACAAUGCCGCAGAAAUUGAUGAGCUGAACAUUACAACAGUGUGCCAGCCAAAUGACUCCAAAUUCCAGUGCACAUGUGAGGAUCAAUAUGUUUGGUCCUACAAUAACUGUAUUACUUAUAACGCCUGUCAUAACCUAAAUGAUGGAACAUGUACUUGUAUCAGUGCAAUUCCCACUGAUGGACAGAUGUGCGUGCCAAAAAAUGAUACACCAACCACAUACACAACCAACACAUCCACUACUGUAACAUCCACAACAACCACAAUUACCACAUCCACUGCAUUUGCAGACAUCCAUGUAUUAAACUUCUCACUGGCCAUAAAUGAAGAAUUUGACUUUGCACUCACUGAUCAACAUAGUGCAAAAUACCAAGCAUAUAAAACAAGAAUUGAGAAUUCAAUUGAUGAUAGUUACAGAAAUAUACCUACCUACCAAGCCACCUCUGGAAAAGUGACUGGAUUCAGACCUGGCAGUGUGAUUGCAGACUUUACUAUUAAAACAAGAAGUGAUAACCUUAAUUUGGUAUCAGUGAACCAACAGCUUGCUACCAAUCUUCGUUCAGAGGGUUUUAAUGUAAGCGAAACUGCAUUCAGUCAAAGCGUAAAAGAUGGGCUCUGUGAGAACAAUGGCAAUAUAUAUCCUGGGACAAAUCUAACACUGACUUGCAAUGCUCCAUUUGCUAAUGACAUUAUAUGGACCAUGAAUGGGAAUCAACUACAAACAUCGAAUAAGUAUGAAAUUAAUGGAACUGGACUCACGGUAAAACAUGUCACUCCCAAUGACAAUGGUCAAUAUGCAUGCACAACAACAGUAAACUCAACACCCUAUGUUAUUUGGCAAACCAUUACAAUCCAGCCUUACCCCAAUAUCCAAGUGAGCAGUGACAAAGUUGUGAAAUGUGAGGACUCGGUGAUCACACUGAAGUGUUGUGUUCAGGGAACGUAUGAAGUGAAAUGGACUGACUCUGUAGCUUGCAAGUCAACUUCAACAGGCUGCACAUUAUGUGAAUAUAAAAUAAACAAUCAGGAAUGCCAGUCUACAGACCAAGUAAUACAGGUCACCUGUCAACUCACUUCACCUAUCAGUGGAAAUACAGCUCCAAGUUACAAUUCAAAGAGCGUCAAAAUUGAAGUGAGGAAAAGGGCAUUUGCCUGCUCUGAUAGUGUAUUUGGAGCUGGAAAUCUGGGAGAUGUACACUUUGGUGACUGUAAUGAAAACAUGGUUGGCUUUCAAAAGGCUGUGUGUAAUACAUCAGGCCUCUGGGACACCAUAGAAUACAACUGUAUCAUACGCAUCAUUCAAAAUUUAAAAGAUGAUGCUAAGAAUUUACAGGUAACCGGCAUCCAAGACUUUAUGGGCAAUGUCAUCAAUAGUACUACAGAAGAGGCUAAAAGCAUAAUUGAAUCUCCAGCUACCAUAUUAACAAUUGUAGACAUAUUGACAAUCAUUUCCAAUCUCUCACAAACAAUUUUAAUCGAUCAACCUGUCAUGAGGGAUUUCCUGAAAACAACUGACAUAAUUGGAUCAGUAGGUGCUCGGGACAAGUGGACACAUUUAAACAAAAACAGUACAACCAUGAAUGCCAGUUCUGAACUACUGAAGUCUAUUGAAAGCAUUGCAAGCAGACUCGGCGAUGGAAACUUCAACAUAACAACAAACUACACAAGUCUCAGUAAAAUUAAUGUUUCUGCCCCCUUUACUGAAACAUUUGGUAUAAAUUUAACUACCCAAAUAAAUUUACCCAUGAUUAAGAAACCAAUUUUUAUCACAGUGAUAAUUUCUUCUGCCCUUGAAAAUGCCUUACCUGUUCGAAAUCUGACCAACAAUGACAGCACUCAGACUGACACCAAGAUCAAUGGAGAUGUAACUAUGAUUAAGACAACAUCACCAAUUAACAACAUCUCCCUUUAUUUUGUCAUCAGAAAUAAGACAUUGGGAAACCCUCAGUGUGUCUUUUGGAACUUUAGUCUUCUGAAUGGUGUUGGUGGAUGGGAUACGACUGGAUGCCAAAUAAAGCCAUUAGGGACUAAACCUGAAAGAUUUACAUGUGAGUGCAAUCACACAACCUCUUUUUCAAUCCUGAUGUCACCAUUUACCCCAGAUAACUUAGCCUUAGACUAUAUAACCUACACUGGUGUUACCAUUUCAAUGGUGAGUUUGGUUUUGUGCCUCAUCAUUGAAAUCAUCAUAUGGAAAUCAGUGACACGAAAUGACACAUCCUUCAUGCGCCAUCUUACUAUAGUCAACAUCGCUGUCUCCCUCCUGAUUGCGAACAUAUGCUUCAUCAGUGGAGCAGCUGUUGUUGAACAAGAGGGUUAUGAGGGUCCCUGCAGUACAGCGACUUUCUUCAUGCACUUCUUUUAUCUUGCCCUUUUCUUCUGGAUGUUUCUGUCAGCACUUUUGCUCCUCUACCGCACCCUCAUGGUCUUUUCCAGAAUGACCAGAGGAGCAAUGAUGGCCAUAGGCUUCACUGUCGGCUAUGGAGCCCCGUUAAUUAUAGCUGUCAUUACUGUGGCAUCUACAGCUGGAGGCAAAGGAUACAUUCAACAAGAAAAUAGCUGUUGGCUGAACUGGGAUCAAACAAAGGCUCUCCUGGCAUUUGUGAUUCCUGCUCUGACGAUUGUAGCUAUAAACCUCCUGGUGCUUAUUGUGGUUCUGUCUAAGAUGUUGAGGAGAGGAGUUAAUGCUUCCACUCAGCCAGAUGAGAAACAUCCACUAGUCGUCAUUGCAAGAUGUGUGGCGAUUUUAACACCUCUCUUUGGUCUAACGUGGGGAUUCGGCAUUGGGACCUUGGUGUCACCGAACUUUGGGAUUCAUGUCAUGUUUGCAUUCUUUAAUUCACUGCAGGGUUUUUUUAUUUUGCUAUUUGGAAUAUUACUGGACAGUAAGGUCAGACACACAUUAACAGGAAAGCUGGGGCUAAAGAACCUCAGCUCAAACCAUACCAGGAGAAUGAGUGCAGGACCAUCGUCCUCAAGUGGCCGUCCUUUCAUUCAGAGGGUAUAA